AGGCCUGCCGGGGUCGCGUGCCGCCCUGAGAGAUGCCACAGCACAACAUGAACACAUCAGGGAACCCACUGCAGAUCGGCUCUCCGCUAGUCAUGCCUACCCAAGUUGCCAGGAGGGAGGCCAUAGACGUGUCCGAGGUGUUGGAAUGCAGCUCAGGCUCUGCCUCGUCUCCCAGCUCUGGGGAGGAGACAGACAGUGAAGAGAGCAGCAGCACUGAGAGCUCCCAGACCAGGACUGAGAACUCCAGAGAAGACCCAGCCCCUGUGCACCCUGCAGAAGUGGAGCACACACAGGAUGCAGCCCUGGUCUCCAGGCUGCAGCGGAGAAUCAAAGACAUGGACCAGCAGCGUGAAGAACUCAAACUUGAGAUGCAGAUGGAGCGUGCUCUACUGGAGGGGGAGCUGCAGACCGAGCAGGAGGAGCUGACCAAAGAAACCCAACGUCUGGACACCCUCCAGGAGGCCCUGAGGCAACAGGAGAUGAGAUUCCACUCCGAGAGGCAGCAGGAGAAGAUGAGACUGCAGGCGGAGCGGCAGAGGGUGGAUGAGCUGCGGCAGCGCCAGGAGGAGUUCCAGCGGCAGGUGGAGACCCAGCCCGAGAGCCUCCGGGAGCAGUUGCGGCAGCGCCUGCAGGAGGAGAGGGAGGCGCUGGACGGGGAGGUGCGGGCGUUUGAGGAUCUGGAGUUCCACUUCCUCGAGAGGGAGAGCGUGCUGGAGGAGGAGAGGGAGUCCGCCCACAGGAAGGCCUUGCAGGACAUCUCCCAGCAGCAGCACCGCGUCAACUCCAUCAAGGAGAGGGUAAUUCAGCUGCGAGAUCAAGUGAGGCAGGUCCAAAAGCAGAGUGACAAGGAGCUGCAGAGGCUCAGCCAGGGCAGGAAAGAUCUUCUCAAAUGCCUCCACAUGCAUUUACUAAAGGACAAGAAACAGCUCUCUGACCUGGGCCACCUGGCGGGCUCUGCUCCCUGUAUGCUGUCCCUGUCACCCCUGUCCAUUCACAGGCCAGGACAGAAUCUCUUGCCGGACAUGAAUGCCAUGUCAAGCCUGCAGAAGAGGAGGAGCUCAGACAAGAACUGCAAGCCCCCUGACAGGCCUGUGUCUGUGCACGGUCGCCUAUUAACAACCAUGGAUAGUUAUCCCCAACCCACAUGCCCUCCAGAAGUAACAGUCUCAGAGCUUCACAGCACAGAUACCUCGAAAAGCCCUCCUUCUUCCCCACUCAGCCAGGCCAAUGGCUUCCUUUCCUGCAAUGGCAGUAUCACCCUGAAUAACAGUGUCACGACCUCUCAGGCAUCCAGCCCAGGACAGGGACUCCCCAACAUCGAAGAGAUCGAGAGGAAACUGCGGGAGGCCAAAGCUGAGAGGGAGCGCCUGUUGAGAGUCCGGGAGGCCAAGAAGAGAGCUGAGGAGGAGGCCAAGAAGAGAGCUGAGGAGGAGGCCAAGAAGAGAGCAGAGGAGGAGGCCAGGCAGAAAGAACUGGAGUCGUCCCCACCUCCGUCGCCUGAAUCGGAGCUCAGCUCUCUGGGCAGCAGUGUGGAGGCCAGCCCCCCGCCCUUCCGCUCGCUGAUCAGCUGCGAGGCCUUCGACUUGCGCGGCCACCUGGAAGCCCUGGGGCACGGCGUGGAGACCUGCCAGCCAGUGGCCGUCACCCACAGGAAGUGCAAGGGUUUCCUCACCAAGAUGGGCGGCAAGAUCAAGACCUGGAAGAAGCGGUGGUUUGUGUUCGACGGCGAGAAGAAGCGGCUGGCCUACUUCGCAGACAAAGAAGAGACUAAACUGAAAGGCGUGAUCUAUUUCCAGGCUAUCGAAGAGGUGUACUAUGAUCAUUUACGAAGUGCCUCCAAGAGCCCUCACCCUAAGCUGACCUUCUGCGUGAAGACGUACGACCGACUCUUCUUCAUGGUGGCUCCCACUGCUGAAGCCAUGAGGAUUUGGAUGGAUGUGAUUGUUACUGCGACAGAUGAACAUGGACGCUAUUGAGCCUACAGCGCUCACCUGGACUUGUACAGAUCUUUACUGUCCAGAGCAGCAGUUGAGUUGGCCUCCUUUUCCAGCGAUGUUGCAUUGGCUCCAUCUGGUGGCGAAAAACCAGUAUACCACCCCCUCCCCCAAACACGUUAACAAAAUGUGCUUGUUUUCACAAUAUUACCUUCGCACAAACGUGUAGACAACACAGAGCAAAGGAACUUCUCAUGGGCAGAAUGCAAAGAAGAUUUAUGUUGCUGAAGUUCAUCCAAUUAAUUCUAGGAUUGGCUGUAGCAUAAGUACAAUUUUGGAGUUGUCUGCUAUUACAAGUGUACUCCCUAUGUUUUGGCUUUUUACAUUUUCCACUUUGUGGUCCAAGCUGCAACUGAGCUAACCUAAAACUGGUCAUGCUGACUUCCAUGAGGUAUAACAGGAAAUGUUCUUACAGCUCUGUUUUCAAAAUCGGGGUACUAUGAGGUUGUUUUUUUUUUUUUGUCAUUGGCUAGAAAUAUUCAAGUUGCCAAUAUUAUACCUUCCCGAUUCAGACUUGGCGGUUAUCAGCUUGGCUUUCUGGAUACAACACCUGCAUCAGAGGAACAUCGCUGGAUAUUGGAAGAGUGGAUCGUUUCUGAUUGACAUUACAGGAAAUGUGCUCAUAUCAGGCAGUGUCUGCUGGACCAAAACCUAGAGGGACCCUGACUGACUGAGGCCUGCGUUGAUUAAAGCACUUGUUCAGUUGUGCUCCACUACUUGGGCUGCCCUGGCCACAGAGAGCAAAUGACAAGGUCCACAAACUAGUGACAUCAGGGCUCAGCCUGCAGUCUGACCCAGUUUGUCUGUACCACUCGAGCCCUCUCUGGAUAUAAGAUGUGAGGGGUUUUUCUUCCUUGCAGGCACAGGCAUGCUUCCCAAAACCAUUGGAACAGGCAGAAAACUUGGAGAAAUACUAAGAAUUGUUCACUGCGGCGUUUAGGAUGUCGCAUGAAUAAAAUAAUCCCUGUUGAUACCCCGGAUUUUAAUGUGCAAUAUAAAAGGAAAGAUGUUUUAAUUUUUUUAUGAUAUUUAUGAAAAGCCGGAUGGGGGAGAGCAUUUUAAUUCAUGUUUAUAUCAUUUUCCAUGUCUUUUCACUAAUUAAAGCAAUUUGUAGAACAGUU